AUGUGGACGGAUGUGAAUCGAGAUGAGGAAAAUAGGAUAUUAGAAGACAAGAAGGCAAGAAGGCUCAGCGGCGGAAAACUGCAGCAGUACACGUACCUGCUGGCCAUCAUGGGAAUCGGCUUAUUCAUCAUCACAACUAGCGAACCUGGCAAGACAAAUAGUCGUGACAACCUCAUUUUGAGUAGAAAUAAGUUACCUAUUCAGUCGAUUUCCGGUAUUGUGAUGAAUACACCAAGGAAAGUCUACAAGCAAUACGUUCAAGCCGUAACUGUGCAAUUAUACGAUUACGUGCAAUUCACUUUCGAAAACCCCAAUCAAAACAUUACUGUACCCCAAGACAUUCAAAUGGAAGCCAACAAUCAACCUGCUAAUAACUUAGAAUCCGCAUUUGAAAGGCUAUGUCUAGCAUCAUACGCUAGCAAACUUCCAACGUUUUCGGGAGCAAACAUGGGUGCUGGUCUUAUGGAUUUUGUACACGAAUUCCAUGAAAUAAGUAACAUAAUGGGAAUUAAUGAAUCCAAAAUGGCACGUCUACUCCCGGCCCAUCUCAAGGGAGUGGCAAAAGCAGUUUAUGAUAAUAUGACAGAUGAGCAAAAAUCAAAUUGGCGUUCAGCAAUAACCCAACUCAAAGAGCAUUUCUCAACGGACCAGUUCAUGGAUAUGGCUAGAGAAAGGAUUAUGAAUAUGCGGAUGGAAUUUAACGAAUCUCCUGUAGUUUUUUCGAAUAGAAUCCGGAAAGAAAUUAUGGAUGCAUAUCCUCAUACAGAUCUUGCUGAACAACGCAAAUUUCUUCAAAAUAUGGUAUUCACUAAUGGUUUACCUAAUAAAAUCAAGGAUAAACUGAAACUUCUUGGUCCGCUACCUUCCGAUUAUAACACUUUACUACGCAAUGCAGAACGGAUGCAUACCAUAAAUAGCUCCACUUCCCCUCCUGAAGAAGACCUGUUGAUAGCAAAAAUCGACAGAGCCAUUGAUACAAUAAACAAUCGCGCAAAUUCUCCAUUUCGUCGUGCCAACUCUCCAUAUCGUAAUACUAACUCCUCAUACCGCCGUGAUAACCCUCCAUUUCACCGGGCGGGAAAAUCCGGUUGGCCCAUAGCUUUCCCUGAUCCUGUGACAUGCACGAGUUCCCCAAAUUCUUCCCAAGUCAUGAUCACGGGAGCCAAUCUUUACGUUGAAAGAACAGAACCACUGUUGAUACCAGCAUUUCACUGCUUCAAUAAAACUAGGAGAAUAUGCGCAUCUUCAUACUUGCACGUUUCGUUCUCAGUCAAUAGUGAUGAAGAAUUUAUGACCCCUAUAGACCCUACUCUUUGCGAGUCAAUUACACAAUCAAGAAAAUAUUUGGACGUUCCGCUGGAACAGCUCUCCUCUAGUGUAUAUGGUUCGGAAAACCAAAUUCAUUAUUCCUAUCCAUGGUUUUUCGGAGAAAAGUGCACAGUCACUACAAACGUAUAUUUCGAAAAAGGAACAGUUGCAACUUUUGAUGGCAAUCAUUUAAUAGGCCAAUUUGGGAGCAUGGCACAUUGUAACAUUACAAAAAGCCAAUGUAACCUCACGCAUGGUACCGUUAUUUGGACACCACCACCUACUACUUCAAUAUGCCGUUACGUAAAAGCCACUGAGGGAGUUGCCUAUUACUUAAAUAACAUCCAAUCGGCUUUUACUUAUAAAAAUGUAACAUUCUCACAUUCACAACUUAACGCAUGGUGUUUGAAUAAUUCUGCAAUCCCAAUGGAUAAUGGUGUAUUCAUCGUUUUGCCAGAAAUAGAGGAUUAUCAUCCUAUCAUCUUAUUUUCACAAUACCCCGAAGUAGUGGAUGGUAUUAAUCGUAAACACUUUUACAAUUCGCAACUUUUGAAUCUAGUAACAACCGUUCCUCAGCCUACUCAAAAUCAAUAUGGUACUGACGAUACUUUACUAAAAACAGCAAAAUCUAGCGCGCAGUCACAAAACGAUCAAUACAAGCUCCCCACGGACGAACCAGCCAUAAAGGAACCACAUUUUACCGUUCCCUUGAUUUACAGGCUCAUACGUAAUAUGAACAAAAGAUCUGUGGACAACUUAAGCCACUCUUCAAACAUUCCAUUUUCACGAAAGAAAAGAUUAGCAACUAUGACAUCAGGCAAUCAUAAAUCUUUAAACUCUUUAUUAACUGGGACUAAAGACUCGAUUUUAAAUGAUGAUCAAAAUCCUACUCAUAAAUCCACUUCCGAUAUGUCACGACAAAUAGCUCGUCAUAUCGCAUUUCAUUCAGAACCCGAUUUUGCAACUAUAAAUAAUGAUCAGACCAUAGGCCACGAACAGCGCCAAGAUAAUCGUCACGCGGAACUUAAUACCAAAAUGCAAUUUUUGAAAAUUAAAAUGGAUGAAAUCAUAAAACAAGAUUUCAAUUUUCUGUUAGACAAAAUUUGUACGCUCAUGAACUUCAAAGCACACUCAAUAAGAGGAAUAGCUCAAAUCAAUCCAACAACUGCAGCGCGAAUACUUUUGAAUCGAGAAGAUAUAUUCGCUCUUUCUGCAGGAGACGUAUUAAUGGUCUCCAAAUGCAAAGAAAUUGUAGUGGAUGAAAUCAUUUUCGAUCAUAAUAUAAGAGGAAUUUGUUAUAUCUUUACACCAUACACUGUCCAGUCAAAAUCGGUAAGGAAAGAGUUACCAAUGUCAGACCAGUUCGGACAGGAACUAACGGACACAGCAGCAUUUCUGGAAUCCAACGCAGGAGAGUUUCUACAAUCACAAAAGGAAAAAGUUCUCGAAUCCUUGGGCUUGCACAAUCUGGUCAGAACGAUUGUCAUCGUGUCUAUUUGUCUCUUUCUUCUAGUAGCUAUCGCAAUUUUAUAUUGCCAAACUACUUUGUUUCGGAUACCGUUGAACCUACUCUUUCGAGCCAUAGGUAAUUUAAUCUCCUUCAUUUUUUCCUCCACCUGUAAGACACGAAAAUCUUCUCUGACCAUUGCGGCAAAACAACAUACCCAGGAUAACACCGUAGCUAAUAGUGGACCAGUAAGCGUGUCCAUUCAGCUUCCUGCUUGUAUCAAUCUUCCAGCUGCUCCCCUGCCAAUGAUUAACCUUCCUGCUGCUCCCUUACCGAUGAUCAAUUUACCAGCAGCUCCAGAUCCAAUAAUCAACCCACCGUCCGCUCCAGUUACGACAUUUCAUCAACAAUCGGCUUCACAACCACCUAUAAUUCGCAUACCGAAAGCACCACCUGCAUCACAAGCGACUAAACAACAAUUUUCAAAUCUUUUCCCAGGAAUUUCUUGUGUCCAUCAUGGAAACACUAGUCAAAUGAUUUAUCUCCUGGCUAAACUCAACAACUCAUCAAUAGUAGCUCUUCUAGACACUGGAUCCGCUCUUACAAUCGUCUCCGAAACAGUCGCUAGAAAAAUCAAGGCUCAGCUUUCUCAGCCCUUGAUUACAAAAGGUAUCACAGCGAAUGGAUCCUUUAUGGACCUUCUUGGCCAAUUCUCUCCACAUCUUACUAUAGGAAGCAAAACCAUAAGAAUCACUUGCUAUGUCGCUUCGGAUGCCAAUUGUUCUUCUCCGUUCAUCCUAGGCAACGACACAAUCCAACGUUUCACGAAAACUAUGUCAAUCAAUUAUCAUUCCCACACAGUUUCUUUCGAUAAGAUUACUGUCCCAUUUACAACACUAAAUUACAGCAACCUUCUUAAUAUUCCUGUUCAAUUAGUCGAUGACAUCACCCUACAACCAUCUUUCAGAUAA